AGAAGGAAAUUCUUCAGGUUUCUUUUUAAUUCUUUUGUUGAUGAUUUGAUUCUUGGAUUGUAUUUCAGGCUGUGAAUAUGCUUGGAGAUGCAAACGAGGUAUUGAACGAACGUGCAGUAGUUGUAAUGGCUCGUAUGAGUCAUAAGCUUACGGGCCGUGAUUUCUCUACGUCUGCGGUUCCAAGCAAUCCCACUGCUGAUCACAAUAACUUGCUCGGAGGAGAUUCUCAUGAAGUCGAACAUGGUUUGUCUGUGAAAGUUCAGGUUCAAAAGCUAAUCGAUCAAGCUACUUCCCAUGAAAAUAUCUGUCAAAAUUAUGUCGGGUGGUGCCCUUUCUGGUCGAUUUGGAGUUUCGUUAUCGUUUAUAAUAGGGCUUUGGAAACUUGUUGCUGCCGGCUUAGUUCCCGGUGAUAUCCUAUAGUACCGUCGGCUUUUGUAUCUUUGUCAUGUGUUUCAGUCAAAAUAUUCUGAAAUGAAAAAAAUAAAAAUAAUAAUAGUGUGUUAGAAUUCCUAGUCAUAUGUACAUAUGUUCAGUCAAAGUGGAAAAGUUGUUUCGACAACAAUCAACACGCCAUAUAUUUUUCAAAAUUUUGGUGUGAACAGAAUCAAGCAUAAAGUAAGUUAAAUUAUUUCAAAGCUCUCAUUGAUCUAAAGGACGUAAAAGUAAGCAGUUUCCUUAUAUAUGUAAACAGUUUCUCUUUGUGUAGAUUGAUGUUUCUCUUUCUGUCCUAUGGAAGCGCAUAGGUCCUGCAAUGUUAAUUGCUGUGCAUAAUGGAAAAUCUUUUUUACAAACAAUCAACCACUAUUAAAAUCUUUUUUUACAAACAAUCAAUCUUUUUUAACCGAACCGAAAACCAAAAAUGUCGGUUCGGUUCGGUUCGGCUGGUUCGGUUCGGGGCAAAGUCGCAGGGCUAGUUACCUCAGAAAACUCACGGCUAAACAAAAAAUGCACGAUUUAACUAAGUUAAAAUCACGAUUUAAAAUAGACACGAUCUAGUUAGAAAAUAACACAUGGGUACAUUACGCACAGUUUAAUCACGAAAUAACAGUGGAUAUUAAUCUAACCACGACUUUCCCAUGUUAUUUCCGUGGCUAUAGCUUUUACCCGGAGG